CAAAGAGGAGGGAGAAACGACGCGCAGCAUCCAGCAGCAGCGCUACUAGCGGCAGCCGAAAGGAAAGAAGAAGACUGCCGCGUUGGUGAAGCUGGUGUGCGUGCGCGCGUGAGGUCCGUGCGUGUGCCUGAGUUGCGUGGGUGUGGGACUGGAGAAGCCUACCUGACGGCGUCCGACACGCAGUAAACCGCGCACCGUGAUAUCUCCAAGCGGAGCUCUCGAGAACGCGUCCAUUUCUGCAUUAGGAAAGUACCUUUAUCGGCCAACGGAAGCCAGUGUAAUUUCUCACCGAAGGAAGAUUAAAUAUCUUUUCGAGGAAGUUCGAGACGGAGCAAAUCGUGAUCUGAAAGUUUGUGUAUCGUUUCGGGCAUUCAUUGGUACUUGGUAGUUGGAUGGUGUAUACGUGUCUUUGGUGCAACGAUUCCUUGUUCAGUGUCUUCCGUACCGACGGUGAAAACGUGUGUCUACAGAAGUGGGCAAAGGGAAGGUGGAAAACCGGGAAAAUACCUGGGAAAUAUUAAAGUUUAUUAUUGGAUUGAAGGAACCCCCUCCCCUUGGACUAGCCCGAUAAGCGGAUGCGAGAUGCUUAUAGGAUUCUUUUAGCUUCCUCGAUAAAGGAGUCCCGUUGGUUCGAGGAGACUCCAAAAUGCCAACAGACCUGGUGGUAACAUCGGCUUCAGGCUCGGAGGACUCGAGCCGGUCGCGGGAUCUUUUGGGACCUUCCUCGCGACCAGGACCCUCAUCCUCGUCCUCUUCCAAUGCAGGACCCUCGUCUUCAAGGAGCUUUGAUCCUGCAAGUGCGUUACAGGCGUACCGUCACCACCAUCAUGGUUUUGUGGCCGGUCUGGGUCAUCCACAUCACCGGGAAUCAUCCGCCUUCGUACCGGUGGUUCCAUCCAGACUUCAUUUGGCACCGUAUCCUGGUGAAAUGCACCCUCACUUGUCAGGACCACCCUCGUCUUCGUCUUCCUCAAAUCCUGACCACGAUGGACCGGAAACGUCAGCUAGGAAGUCGUCCUCGAGUUACGAGAUUAUGGCUAUGAUGGCUGAUAAGAGAAAAGAAUUGGCAGCAAGAGCGCUCCUCCUGCCGCCUCCGCCGUUACUGGAACCACCUCCAGGAUAUCCUGUCUUCGCAGGGCCUUUUCCAGGAGGAUCUGCCCUCUAUCCUCCUGGAGGACCUCUGGCACAUCAACACUUAGAUCGUAGACUGCUCAGAGCUCCGGGCAGAGCGUCAAGACCCAAGAAGCAGUUUAUCUGCAAGUUCUGCAAUCGGCAAUUCACAAAGAGUUACAAUCUUCUAAUACACGAAAGGACUCACACCGAUGAGAGACCUUACUCCUGUGACAUAUGUGGAAAAGCCUUCCGUCGCCAGGACCAUCUUCGGGAUCAUAGGUAUAUUCAUAGCAAGGAGAAACCAUUUAAAUGUGGCGAAUGUGGCAAAGGAUUUUGCCAGAGCAGAACCCUGGCUGUGCACAAGAUCCUUCACAUGGAGGAGUCGCCGCACAAGUGCCCCGUCUGUGCUAGAAGUUUUAAUCAGCGCAGUAACCUGAAGACUCACCUACUGACGCACACGGAUCAUAAGCCCUACGAGUGUACUUCCUGCGGUAAGGUCUUCCGCAGGAAUUGCGAUUUGCGUAGACACGCUCUGACACACGCGGUCGGCGACGUACCACCGGAAGCACUAGAGGAAGCAUUGCGGGACGAUGACAGUCCCGAGGAAGAUUGUCCUGAACCAGGACCUUCGUCCUGUCCCUCCAAAGCUCCAUCCACCUCCUCGACCUCCUCGACGACAGGUUCAUCCUACCCACCACCACCGCCACCACCGCCGGCGUCAACGUCAAUUCCUUCAAGGCCGCAACUUCAGAUUCGCCGGGAUCUGCUCCAAGUUAAACCAUCGACGAUAACCAGUGGAGGUGGUUUGUCCAGUUCACAAAAUCCACCACCUCCGUUGCCACCGCCGCCACCACUUAUUCUUACGUCUUAUAGACGUAGACUGGGUUCACCCGGUCCUUCCAGGGUCCUUUUGGAACUUCAGGAACGGGAGAGGGAGCGAGAAAGAGAAAUUGAAAGGCAGCGGGAGAGAGAACGCGAGAGGGAACGCGAGAGAGAACGAGAAAGAGAAAGAGAAAGAGCAGAAGAGAGACCUCCUAAAGAUCCUACUCCACAGCCACCACCACCUCCGCCAAGACCAGCUCCAGCUAGGCAAGGAUUCACCAUUGCGGAUAUUAUGCGGCGGUAGAAUGAUUCCUCCGAUUAUUUGGAUUUUAGUAAAGUCAUCCGGAGUGUUGAUGAACUUGGAUUUCAACCUCUGUAGCGUCUUCAUGGAGUAGCGGAGAGAAUCUUGAAAUUUGGAGUAUCGAAGAUCGGUUCACGAUCGGAGAUCGACUUAACUUUGAACGAUCGAUCGAGAAUUUGUUUUUAAGUAAAAUAUGGCGAUAUCAGUGAAUUCCCAGUAAAAAUGAUUAUUCAGUAUUAACUGAAUAUAUUAGUAUGCUACACUGUUGAACCACUAUUGUUGAUACACAUGUAUGUGAUUGAACUCUCGUCAAAUUCGGCUAUAUCGAAGAACCGUGAUUUUCCUAGCGACCUGUUGGAUUCGUUUAACUCAAUGAUAAUUUUUCGUCAGCUAAGUCAAUCGAGAUGACAGAGUCGAGUCUAGUAGAUUCGACUCGCUUCAUAUAAUACGUGUAUUACUACAAAAUGCAGGAUCUCCCAAAAGACUGCUUUCGUUAUACUACAAGGACCUGGAUGAACUUCACGUGAAUAUUCACUGUUAUCCCGAUUACUGGGAUGAACGAAUAGACAGAGUGUACGAGUGUGUACAAGGUGUGUAAUCCAUGACAGAGAGAUAUCAUUGGAUUUGAUGAUAGCGAGAAAAUAAUUUGUGCCAACGUGAAGUCAUGCAAAAGAAAUGUAUGGACAUUAAUAUAAGUUCGUGUACGUUGAGAACGUCUCGAUUCCCUGAGCAAUUUUAAAAUAUAAGCAUAAAUCGAAUCGGUAGAUUAAUCGUACCGUUAUAAUUAAAAGUGCCUUGAGUAAUGAACACGAAGGAAAUAUAUCCAAGGUAACAGUUGUUCCCAAACAUCUGACCCACGCGAAAAGGGGUCACUCUCUUUAAAAAAAUUAAUAAUCGUGCAAUCGCGCCAUACAAUUACAAAGUGACGUUAAUGGAAGAAUAUAAUAAUUCUUGCGAUCGAAGUAAUUCAAGAAACUCUUAAUAAAACACGUCUCGCGAAAAAGGAACGAAUGAGUAAAAAGGACAAAGAAAUAAAAAGGGACCAAACGAUUGCCCAACAAGGAACCGCGUGAACGACUUUAUUGUAAAUAAGAAAAAUCCAUGUUAAAGAAAGCACCGUACUUGGGGUAUCGUCCAGUGAAAAAAAAUAAAAGCCCAGUGUUCACUUUUAUAUUUUAACGUGCGAGUCAGGGAAGAACUUUCGAAGCGGAUUAAAGUGGACGAAGAAAAAAGAAAAUAAAAAAUUACAAAAAAUAUUUAUAUAACAAAAAGCAGCCCUAAAUCCGGCAUGCCAUUUCUCGUGUCAUAGGGACGAAAUAUAUUUACCUGUAUAAUGUCGCAAUUCUGAGAUUCUAAGAUGCGCGUGCGUCUCUUACGUUUGCACGUGCGAGAGUGCACGUGCAGGUGCGUGUUUCCUUACCGCGAGUGCAUCUGCGCUCGAGUGUAUCUGUAAAUAAGUAGGAAAAACGGGAUGGAAGUAUUUGAUAUUGAAGUUGGACGGGAGCUUAAAGUGAAGAACGAAUAAUGGCAGUGUAUUUUGUUAAUGAGUGGUUCAAUGAAGAGAGCGAUGUUGAAGAAGAGAGAGAGAGAGAGAGAGAGUCACAUAGAGUUGAAGUUAAAGAAUGAAAGAGACAAGCACAAAAAAAAAGAAGAAAAGAUAUAGGAAAAACGGUAGAAAGGGUCCUUUGUCCUGUCAAAGACCGCAUGGACCUAUGAUGCAAAUUUCACCUGACCGAGCUGUGUGUGCCACUGUAACGGUGGCAGGUGCAAUACGGUACCCAGGCUACUUUUCGAAUACUACCUGCACUUCUAAAAAUAUUCUCUGACCCUCUUCAGCACUGCCACGUUUUCGUCCUUUUCUAAUUUUUUUUUGUUAGCCUGCCGUUUUUGUGAUCGUCUCUUUUUCUCUCUCGUUCUCUUCUCCUUGUACUCGAAGAGGACUAUUAAGGAUCCUUUUGUGGCUAAACGUCCUGCGUGGCACCCCAGAACUCGUUCCACCUAUUAUACCACGUUCCGAGUACUGUCACCGCGGCAGGAUAUCUUCGAAAUGCAAUAAUUUUGGUCUCCUUUUUCUUUUUCUCUUUCUUGCUCUUUAUCCCUUCUUUUUUAUUCAGGCUUCCUUCUUUUCUUCUCAUUCGAAAGUAUCGAUACCUGCCGCGAUCUUGUUCUCUCGAUUGCUCUAUCGCUGAAUCUUCUUAUUCAGCCUGAUUUUUCUUUAAUCCCUUUUUUUAGCCAUUUUCAUCCUUUGCACUGGAACGUUCGACGCAUUUUCACUCGUUUUUUUGCACGCAUGUUGAUCAACGUUUUAUGCAUUAUAUGCUCAUUUAAUUAUUAUUUAAUAAUAUCUUUAUAGCAGUGUAGAUUGAAGUGGUUAAUAUGCUUCGUAUUUAAUAAUAUUGUUGAAUUAUUAAAUUGUGAAAAUUUAAUAUGCUCGUGCUACCAAAAUAACCGUCGCGGACGUUCUAGUUGUCACCUGCCUUGUUAUUUUUCGAUUUUCUUUCUUCUUUAUGUGACAUCAAUUCCCUUCGUCUUUUUCUCUUUUUUUUUUUUUUGUUAAUUACGAAGUUGCGACAGACUACGUGAGGUGUGUUUAUUUUAUGUUUAUCUUUUAUUUUAUAUUUUUAGCAAAUCGACUUAGAGACUUUAAGGCUCAGCUUUACCAUUUAAAUUUAAAGCCAAGCAUAGCUGAGCUCAGUCUGGAUUGUUUUAUGCCAUUAAUAUCAUAAGCGUUAAAUCAUUGGGAUUAACUGAACUUUAAGUCGAACUUAAAUGGUAAAACUGAGUCUGAGUAAUGUAUAGUGAUUUAUGCUAUGUACAAUGUACAACGUACAAGGAGACCGAUGCGUGAUAGAUUCGAAAUAUGCAUGUUGGUUUCACAGUUUCCUGUUAAUUUUUACGACCUAAUUUUACGUUUACUUUAAGUACCUAUACUUAUUGAUUUGUAUGAGAGCGCUCGAGUAAGAAAAUUUGUAAAUUAUAUUAAGGAGGAUGAAAAAUGAGAGAAAUAAAGUUGCCUUACUUUUGACAGAA